AUGGAGUCUUUGCAAGCAAAUCAGCAUGAAGGGACCAGAAAUGCACCUACCGAAAAUCUUCCAACUCAAGGUGUUAUCGGUCGAAAAAUACGGAGCACUAUCGUCCCACCCCUUCAAGAUGGAAGAGAAACGUCAGUUUCAUCAACAAUGUCGGGAGCUCGUUCUGACAGAUCUACUCCUGAAUUCAUAGGAAACAAUUCUUGGGGACGUAGAUCACCUCCCCGUACCAAUAGUGACAACGUCAACCGUCUGGGAGGUGUGAGGAAUCAACUACAAGUUGGGCAAUCUAGCAAUCCUCGAGCUGCGCAAGCUAACAAUCCUCAAGUCACGCAAGCUAACAACCUGCGGGUUACACAAGUUAACAACCCACGAGUAACCUCGAUUGACUUAACGUUGCGCGAAAGUUUUCAAGAGUUGGAAAGAGAGUACAAGCGACUCCAAAUUGCAUUGGAGAAAAGAAAAGAGCUCGAAGAUGCAGCUAUUCCACACUCCAAAAAUGAAAUGUCAAAUCGUCAUACUAGAAGAGAACGUGACAUCCCGCGUAGAAGGGAGGAAGUCCGUAACGAGCAUAGACCAAAUCGAAGUAAUGCAAGAAGAGUUGAGAAUGCAAGGAGCGAUUAUCAGAGUGGUGAUCAUCGUAACGGUAGCUAUCAUGAUCGUUAUAUACCCGAUGAUGAUGAUUACUAUUUGAUCGAGCAAGAUAGGAAAGCAAGACCAAGUCAUAGAAGACGUGACAGGCGUAGGCAUAGGGAUGAUCAUAUUAAUGAUGAUCACUCUAAGAGAUCCAGGCGUGAAAGAGAUCAUCGAUAA